AUGGUCGCUGCUGCUUGUGGCGGCACGGGAUCAUUACUCAUGGUUCAGUUCAACAAUGAGCGUACAGCCCUUCGUAAGACAACAACUCUGAGAGAGAUGAGGCGACGGAGUCCUGACAUCUCAGGAUCAAAAAGACCUUUCGACAGGAGACCCAUCCGCAGGUCGUUAGUCCUGACGCUCGAGCAAAAAGGAGCAGCAGCCAAGGCACAACCACCAUUACAACAUCCAGUCAUUGGCAGCCUCGGAAAGAGUUUGUUGCCAAGUUAUCCCCCGGUGCCAAAGGUUCAAAAAGGUCUCCAAGGCUAG